AUAUAGUGGAAGACGAAGCUGAGCCUGAAGAAGAGAUGCCCUCAAAGUCAACAGAGCGUUUAGUGGCCCGGAAAAGAGGCAUGGCAACAUUGCGCCGUGUUUCAGGAUGGAUUCAGAAGAAAAUACCAAAAAGCAUUCAUGUUCGAAGAAAACUAUCGGCUGUCACCCAAGCAAUCGGGGUCUCAAAAUGGCUCCCUGCUUUGGCACUGAAGAAGAAGGGUAGCAGAGACAAGAAAAAGAAGAAUAUCAUCCGACAUAAGAUGCUUAUGAAAAUGUCAAGUAAUGGGAAAUCAAAGAAGGAAGAAUCAACCUCAAAAGAUUCCAAGAAUGAAGAGGGUACUACAGCUCAUCCCCAGGAAGAGUCCUCUGAUGACCCUUGUUCAUCUCCACAAGAUGUAGAGGAAAAGGCUAACUCGGGAGAUGCCAAAUAUGCAAUUGUGUUACCAAGAAUGAACAAAAUUGGCAAGGCAAAGGAAGCCACCGUUCCAUUGACUGGCACCAGCACAGGCAAUGAAGGCACCACAGAGCGUAAACCACCAAAGCCAGGUGCUCGUCUGGUUCUUCCAGUCAAGCCAGACCUUAGCCUGCUAAAAUCUGUUAAGAAAAGCACUCAACUGAGUGGCAGUGGUAAGACUGACGGCACAAAAUCUCAAGGGAUUGAGAGGCAAACAGAGAUUAAAGCAGACACAAAAGAGCCAACAUCAGGCAUCAAAGAGGGUACAAGCAUACUACAAGCCGCCAAGGGAAAACUUGGGGGAUCGCAAGUAAACCUCACCAAGCUGCCCAUGUCUAAAUCUUUACUUAAUGGUGUAAGUGCAGGACAGAGCAAAGAAGUGGAGAGGAAUCUAAGGAAGACAACGGUACCAGUAGAACCAGAGACAUGGAGGGAUGCAGGAAUCAGACCUGCCUAUGAGGAGGAUGUAGACCGAGAGGUGGCAGAACUGAUGGGUGAGGGUCUUUUGCCCUCCCCAAUGGAGAUGCACUGGGCGCAGACUCAGCAGAUGUGUGGGGAUCCACAAGACUGGCUACGCUCCGAGAACCUCCUGCCCCACCAAACAGUGGAGAAACUCACUAAAUGGACAGUGUAUCAAGAUGAUGAACAUGCUCACAUUAUUCCAACCCAUAAUGGCAGAGGGCCAUGGGAAUCUGAAGAUCCGACGCAAAACAUGCUAGAGGAGAGACUUAACAGCACACAGGUAAUGAUGCCAGGAAGCAGCCAGGCUGUGGAGGUGGAUGAGGUGGAAGAUUUGGCACAGCUGGAAGAGGUGUGUGAGAGUUCUGUUCUGCUAAAUCUGAAGAAGCGAUUUCAUCGGGAUUCUAUUUAUACAUAUAUUGGCAAUAUGCUCCUGUCCAUCAACCCCUUCAAGCCUAUCAACAUUUACACUGAAGAACUGAGGCUGCAAUACCAGGGUAAAGAGAAGCACAAUAAUCCACCUCAUAUAUAUGCCACAGCGGAUGCUGCCUUUUGCCAGUCUCAGAAUACCACGCAGGAGCACUGCAUUAUCAUAAGUGGACAAAGUGGAUCAGGCAAGACAGAGGCCACCAAGCUUAUUGUCCACUACCUGAGUUCCAUGUAUCAGGGCAGAAAUGAUAAAUUGCGACAGCCAAUGGAGGUUUUGCCCAUUCUUGAGAGCUUUGGUAAUGCCAAAACAAUACUGAACAAUAACUCCAGCCGAUUUGGAAAGUACCUACACAUCCACAUACUCCAGGGUGUUGUUGUCGGGACGUCGCUGUCGAAAUAUCUUCUUGAAAAAUCGCGAAUUGUCUUUCAGACUAAAGAAGAAAGAAACUAUCAUGUGUUUUAUGAGCUGUUGGCUGGGAUGAAUGAGUGGGACAAGCAAGAUCUUUACCUGCAAGGAGCUGAAACUUACUUCUACCUCAACCAGGGCAGGGCAUGUGAGCUGCUAGGUAAACAUGACAAGCAAGAUUUCAUACUCUUGGUCCACUGCUUGGAGACAAUUGGUUUACAUGCAGAUCAGCUUGCAACAAUCUGGGCCAUUCUCUCAUCGAUCCUGCAGCUGGGCAACAUUUGCUUUAGCUCUUAUGAGAGUGAAUCGUUUGAGGUUGCCCGUAUUUUUAGUGAAGCUGAAGCUCGGAGAGUGGGAAACCUCCUUCAGGUGUCUGCUGAGGCCCUGCAGACGGUCAUCACACACCGGGUGACUGAAACAACUUAUGAUAGGAUCUACUGCCCUCUAUCUGUGGAAAGUGCCAUUGAAUCCAGAGAUGCGAUUGCCAAGACGCUGUACUCUGUGCUGUUUGACUGGCUGCUUGAACGCAUCAAUGAGUGGCUUAUCCCCACAGAGAUGGACAGCACCGUUGGGAUUGUGGAUAUUUAUGGCUUUGAGGACCUGUGUGUGAACAGUUUUGAGCAGCUGUGCAUAAACUUCGCCAAUGAGCAGCUGCAGCAGUUUGUGAACAGAGCCCUGGUGGCACAAGAGCAGGAGGAAUACAGUGCAGAGCACAUCCAGUGGUAUCCUAUAGUUCUGGAAGAUUCUAAUGGCUGUCUGGAUCUCAUCUCAGCACGACCGUACGGCAUCUUGCGCAUCCUGGAUGACCAGACUUCCCUUCCUCAAGCUACAGACCACACAUUCCUGCAGAAAUGUCACUAUCACCAUGGCAACUGUCCCUACUACACCAAGCCUAAAAUUCCUCUGCCAGUGUUCACAAUAUAUCACUAUGCCGGGGCUGUCACGUACCAGGUUCACAACUUUCUAAACAAAAAUCACGACCAGUUUCGCCCUGAAGUUUUAGAGCUGUUUGCCCGCAGUCGCUUACAGAUGGUGUCGGGUCUCUUCCGAAAGGUUCAGGAGCGUUACAUCCAGCAGAAGGAGCUGGGAAGAGCAAGAGGUUACAGGAACCAGAUGUCAACCGUCGCUGCUAACUUUCAGCAGUCGCUUACAGAGCUCACCACCCGUUUAGAGAGAUGUAAAACUACAUUCAUACGAUGUUUUAAGCCAAACUAUGUUAAGCUUCCAGGCAUAUUUGAUGUAGACUACAUAACCACACAGCUGAGGCAUGGAGGGAUACUGGAGACUAUUCACAUACGAAAAGAAGGAUUCCCGAUUCGUAUACCCUUCGCCCAGUUCAUGGAGAGGUAUGGUGUGUUACUGUCCCAGAGACCUGUAAACCAGUCUCUUGAAGAGCAGGUGGUGACUCUACUAGAAACUAUUGGAGCAGAGGACGGCCAGUACCAGCUAGGACUUACUAAAGUGUUUCUGAAGGAGACUCUGUACCAGCGGGUGGAGGAAAAAUGGAGUAGCACUCAAACAUGGGCAGCAGUCACCAUCCAAAGAAACAUCCGUGGCUUCAUCUGCCGAAGAAACUUUCAGUUCUUUAAAAAAAAGGCUAUCGUCAUCCAGUCCCACAUCAGAGGCCACCAGGCUCGGAAGUACUUCAAGCAAAUGAAGCAGUGCUUCACUCAGUUCUGGGCAACUAUGAUGAUCACCAGAAACACCAUCAAGAGACGUCACUGGAAGGAACAUACUGAUAGAAGCAGAGUGAAGGAAGCAGCAAAACCUACAUCUAGUUCUUCGGAGAUGGAUGUGGGAAUAUUGGAGAUCCCGGCAGAGCUGUCGGCCAGAUUACGCAGUUCAUUAGGACGUCCUCAAGGCUCAGGGGUGUCAGAAGUAGCUCCGCCGCAGGUCAAAGCAGACCACAAUCUCUCACUGCCCUUGGACAUUGACAGACAUCCUUUCUCUCAAUAUGCCAACACGGUCCUGAAGGAUGGAUGGUGCCAAGCACAAGGUUACCCACUUCAGAGGCCUUUGACGUCCCUGGAUCAUGAGGAUGCCCGUACAGCUUUGGAAAUCUACAAACUGAUCCUGCGCUUCACAGGGGACUCAGAUCUGAAUGGCUGGCAGGAGCAGAUGUUGGGGAACUACAUUGUGGAGAAGAGUCAAACUCGGCCCAGCAUCAGAGAUGAGAUUUUGGCCCAGCUGGUAUACCUCACUUGGGAUGGGGAUAGACAGGAGACCAACCUGCGUGGCUGGUUACUUCUGGCCUGCUGUCUGAGUGCCUUCACACCCUCUCCUGACCUGGAGAAACCCCUGCUCAAGUAUGUGUCAGACCGGGGUCCGGGUGAAUACCGCUCUCUGUGUCAACACAAGCUCCUCACGUCUUUCCCAUUGCCCUCACCGGCCUGCAGACGGCACCCGCCCACUCAACUGGAGUGGACAGCCAAUCAGAGGAAAGGAAAGAUGGUACUUGAGGUCAACACUUUCAAUGAGGAAAAGUUAGCAGUGGAGGUGGAGUCUUGGACAACAGGAGAAGAGCUGGCCUCUUGGAUUCUUAGCUACAGAGGCCUGUCUAACGCUACACAAGGCUGGUCUGUGUCUCUGCUGGCUGACGAGGGCUGGACGGACCUGACAGGUUGUGAUUUUGUGAUGGAUCUGUUGGCUGGAGUGGAGUCUGAUGUUCCCAUGGGUCACCCGUCUGCGGAGAAUGAUUACCUAUUCAGUGACACCAGUGACAGGAUGGAAAGCACAGACAUGGAUGACUUUAUUCCUCCUGCUCCCUCGAUGCAAGCCCCUGGUCUGCCCUCAUUUGAAGCAUCUCAUUGGAACACAUAUGAACCCUUGUCCACUUACCAGGGAUCUCAGGGACGGCAGAUGGAUUCGUAUGUUGAUGACAUCUUUGAUCCUGUGUUUGAUCAAGGUCCUCCGGACUUUGACCGCAUGGCCAUGCUGAAUCGCAGAAUGAGAGGUGGAGGGGGUAUGAUGCCCAGCAUGUACACUGGAGCAGGUACACCAGUAUAUCCUAUAAUUGACACUAUGCUUUAUUUUGGGACUGAACUAGGAAUGCCAAUGAAUCCUGCCAUGGCUGGCUAUGGUGCCACACCAAUGAUGCCAAACAUGAUGCCCGCUACCAUGCCCAUGAUGCAGCCCAUGCCACCUAUGAUGAUGCCAACUGCCAUGCCUCAAGCCAUGCCUGCUGUCAACCCACAGCAAAUGGAUCAACAGCAGGCCUUCAUCAACCAACAGGCCCUGCUUUUGGCACAGCAAAUGACCAUGCAGGCGAUGUCACUGUCUCAGAAACAGCAGCAGGAUGAGAUGCGCAGGCGUGAGUCACAGAGACAGUCUCCACGCCAGCGGCGGCGCUCUCCUCCGCGCGCACGCUCACCUUCACGCUCACCCUCACCCAAACCUCGAAGCCGACCCCAGAGCCAAAGAACCAAUCAUCAGACCCCCAAACAAGCCCCAGAGCCCCUUCCAAAACCCCGCAGCCCUGAGUCCCAGCCUGUGACUGAGAGGGAUCUUAGGGCCCCAGAAGAUCACGGGUCUUUCAAAGAAAAGAGGGAUUUUUUUCAAAAGAUUGGUACGUCAGACACACGGCCAAAGCCUGCGCCAAAGGUUGCGAAGCCACUGAUUUAUGCCAAUCCACCGGUGUCCAAACCCAAAUCACCACCUCCAGGAAAGACUCAAGUUAAACCUCUCCCAGAAAUUCCUCAAGUCCAAGAAUCUCGACGAGCAUCUCCAGAACCCACAUCUCCUAAACCAGAGCCAACCAGUAACAUAAGAGAAAUCAUUAAGCAGUACCAAAACCGGCCCAAUCCAGAACCUAAAGCCUACGAGCCUGUCAGGGUUCCAGCCAAACAAUUUCUAAAGAAAAAUGACCCCAAAGACGAGGCACUAGCCAUUCUCAAAUCUCAGGGCCCUGUCAGUCAUCAGAAGAAACAGUGGGUAGAGAAGCCCCCUUCACCCCCUCAGCAGCUUGAGUCCCGUGGACCUCGCUCCAUCUCCAAUAGCAUGAAACAGAAGCAGCUUUCGCUAGCUGAUCUCUUCGGUUCUCAGCGCUCUCAGCCUCUGCCUCGUGUUCGUGAAUCCAUCCCUCCUCCACCGCCCCGCAUCCCUGACCCACCGCUACAGCCUGCACCUGCUCUCAAUCAGCUCAACAGGAUGGCAGAGGAGGAGAGCGUUCGCUCCCAGUUGCACAAAUUCUCAGCCAGCGUCUACUUUUCAUAUCCCAGUAUGCCUGGCAAACUGUUCCUUCGCAAGGAGCUGUUUUAUCCCAGGGAAAAAUUCAACCACCCGUACUCCCUUAAUUUACUCUGUGAGCAGAUCAUGCGAGACACUUACUCUGAUUCUUGUCUGAGGAUUUCACGUGAGGAACGGCGUAAAAUGAAAGACCUGUUGGCGAGCUUCCAUAUUGGAACCAAUAUCAGAUCUUUAGAUGAUGCUAUGAAGAAAAGAAUCAUCAUGGCAGCGAGAGACAACUGGUCCAACUACUUUGCACGUCUCUUUAAUGUGAAGGUUGGGAAUGGAGGAGAUGCUCAGAUGCUGGGAGUUUCUCAUAGAGGAAUCAGAUUGCUGAAGGUUGCCAGAGCUUCAGGAAUAAACCCCAAACACCUCAAAGUGCUCCACAGCUUUAGUUAUUCACUGGUGUUGUCAGUACAGCAGAAAGGGACCGGUAAAGUUGUGAUCACUCUGAGCAGUGAGGAAUUGGAACUGCAUUCCCAACAGGCACCACAAAUCGCUGCUGUUAUUCGCCUCUUCCUCAUGGAGCUGAUUAAGAACUCAGAGUAUGUGAUCGCGGUGAAAAGCUAUGUAACAGAUGACAAGAGCUUGCUGAGCUUCCACAGAGGUGAUGCCAUUAAACUCCUGAACAUGGACGGACUCAAGGAUGGAUGGAUGUUUGGUUCGAGUGGAGGCCGUUCGGGACUCUUCCCAGUGGAUGUCACUCAGCCUUGUGCUCCACCAGAUUACCACAGCAGCAAUAUGGACCGACAGCUGGAACGGAAAAAGAGUAUGAGAGUCACCAGCUCUUCCCGCAUCGUACCAUCCAAUGGCUCCAUCAAUAAUAUGCCUGCAAAUGUUGCUGAAACCAACACACAAACAAAUGGGUCCAUCUACAACAUGUCUGGUGCCCGUUCAGUGGCCGGUGGCAGUGAAUACAGUGUGGAAGUGGCCUCAAUCCAGAGAUCUGAACCAGAACGUGAGCAGUUUAUCAUGACGGAGUUCGCCAGCAAGUUCUUCACAGUAGCUAUCAACAGAGGUAACAUGAGAAAUCUUAAUGAGAUGGUGGAAUACACUCCUAAUCCCAUUCAGGAAUCGCUGAUCCUUUUCUCAGACAGUGAACUCACUCGCCUGGGUGCGCAAAGCUUCAUGGUUUUGAUGCAGUUUAUGUUGGAUCAGCCUAUGAAGAAAAAUCAGACAGAAGGGGACUGUGUUAACUUCAUUUUGCAGCUGGGAAAAGAGAAGGAGUUCCUGAGGGAUGAGCUUUACUGUCAGGUCAUCAAGCAGACCACCAAACAUCGACUCAAGGAGAACUGUACCCGUGGCUGGCGUUUGUUCAAUCUGGUGACUGGAUUCUUCCCUUGUUCCAACACUCUUCUUCCAUAUUGCACUCGCCAUCUGGACACCAUCAUUCAAGAUGCCAACCACCCAUUUCAAGAACUGGCAAAUAUGUGUGCAAAGAAUCUCCAACGGUCACUCGUUUUCGGAGGACGUAGACACAUUCCUUCACAUUCUGAGAUGGAGGCUAUUUUGGUUGGAAGAAACUCUCGUCGGCUACCCAUCAUGCUUCCUGGUGGAACCGAGUUUGCCUGCAAGAUUCGCAGCUUUAGUGUUGCAUUUGAGGUGGUACAAGACUUUUGCACUGAGAUGGGCAUCAUGAAUCCAGCUGAAAUGAAGGAGUUUUCUAUCCAUGCCGCAAAAAAAGGGGGUGAUGUGACACGUCCAAUUCACUCGGAUGAGUAUCUGUUUGACUUCCUGUUGGACGACGGCUCGAUCACCCUCUCCUUUAAACGACUGAUCUGGAAACAGCCGCUCCAGUUCAGCAAUGAUCUUUACCUGGAGUUCCACUACCAGCUGCUUGUGGCCAGUUAUCUGGAAGGGAGGAUGUUUCUGUCGACGAACAGUCCUACAGUCUACCAGCAGGUGGCAGAACUGACCGCUCUUCAGCACCUUGCGCUUGGACUAAAUAAUCUGCCCUCAAAUGCUGAGAUAAAGCAGUAUCAUCCCCGGAUGGAAGGACUCAAUUCCACUGAUGAAAGACUCCUUGCAACGAUACGAGCUCAGUUUUCAACCCUAGGCCCCAUCAGCCCUCUUGAUGCCAAAGCUCGGUUUAUCAAAAGUGUCAGUUUGCUGCCUCUCUUUGGUUUUGACAUCUUCACCGCUCAGAAAGUCAGUCAUCGCAGCUGUCCUUCGCCUUCCCUGGUCGCAGUCAACCAUGAAGUCAUAACCGUCCUCGAUCCUAAAACACUGAAUGCGUGUUUGACGAUGUCCAUGGAGGAUGUGCAGUCCUUGCGCUCAAUCCGUCCCAAAAAAGACAAGCUGCCAUCAGUUGAGAUCAGCUUCGGUGGCCAGACUCAACACAAGACUCUCAGCUUCAAUCUCAAGCAGGCAAAAGAGCUGUGUCACACCAUCGCUGUGAUCAUGGAAGAGGUGGUGAAACCGUCCUACAGCAGCAUGCCCAGUCGAGCCGGGACCCCACAUUAAACAACCAGCAUACACAAACUUUACACAACAUCCCACGACUCACCCUGAAGAUCAAAUAUAUCUCCUGCCAUGAAACAUUACAGACAUUAUUUGUAAUAAACAUGUAUUAACGUUUACAGAAUAGCAAGACUAAUACUUGUGAAAUAUUGAAUUCAUCACAGCCAGUGUCUAGAGAGAAGUAUACAGUUUAUAUGAUUUACUUAAAACGUUUUUAACAAUUUGAAUUGAUUUGUUAUAAAAAUAUUUAAUGAAAUAAUGCUUUAUUUUUGAACAUGAUGUGUUUAGUUUAGUAUACGUUUAUACCACCAAAUGGGGGAUAAUUUGUGGUUUAUAUUUAUUGUAAGGAUGAUCUAUUUUAUAUAUGUGCACUAAUCAUGGUUAAUUAUUUGUGUCUAAAUUGAAGGUAAUUGAUUAGUGAGUACAGAUGUUAGACUAUUUAAAAUAUUAAAGUAUAAAAAGCCUUCUAAAGUGUAUUUUUCAUUGUUUUUCAAUAAAAGUUGUCUGCUAAAUCUUCUUAAUCCUCUUUCAGAAAACUGAGAUAUCAUUAUGAUUUGAAUUUGUGUGCAAAUAUACAUUUAAAGAGCCAUAUUUCUAAUUUAUUUUUUACUAUGUAUCAAAAAUAAAAAUAACUGAGAGAUAAA